AUGAUAUGCCGCAUUGGCUGUGCCCUUUUGUUUCUGUCUCUCUUCUCUGCUGCUGCCUGUCUCUCUGUUUUGUUUGAGCUCACAAACAACCAACAAGCGCAGCAGCUCCAGCUGUCUCCUCACCACAAUACAGCAGCAGCAGACACUGCAGCAGCAGCAGCAGCAGCAGCAGCAGCAGCAGCGGUGUUGCAGCCUCUGAGCGGUACCCUCUUCUCUAACGAAAAGGAAGAGACGAGAGGGGGGGCCCCACCCAGGUAUUGGGGGGCCCCCUUAAGGGAGCUGAUCAGUGUAGAGGAAGAGGAGACACUAGCUUUCUCAGCAGCAGCAGCAGCAGCAGCAGAUGCUGCUGCUGCUGCUGCUGCUGCUGCAGCUGCUGCAGCUGCAGCUUCUGCUUCAGGAGACACUCUAAAAGUGUCUCCUUCUGCGCUGUCUCCUCAGUCUGUGACAAAAGACAACGGGCCCCCCAAUCCCCCAGCAGCAACAGCAGCAGCAGCAGCAACACCAGCAGCAGCAGCAGCAGCAGCAGCAGCAGCAUACGAGAGAAGGGGGCCCCCUCGUGACCCCUACUACGUGCAGCAGCAGCUGUUUCUUGAGUUAGGAAAGCAGCUGGCGCAGAGCACAGCUCUCUAUUCUUUUUCUUCUCUUAUGAUUAACACAUGCGUGGUUGGCCCUGUGUUGAGCUGGCCGCUUGCAGCGUUCGCUGUUCACAGUCCCCACAUCUCAAGCAGCAGCAGCAGCACGCACCAGCAGCAGCAGCAGCACCAGCAGCAGCAGCAGCAGCAGCAGCAGCAGCAGCAGCAGCAGCAGGAGGAGGAAUAUAUUUAUUAUGUUGUUGUGUGUAGGUUGCUGGAUGUGUGUUUUUCUUUGGAUCUGAUUACGGACGCCCAGGAGACAAUGCUGGCGCCACAAAAGUCUCUCGAGAGAGCUUUCUCUCUGCUGCAGCAGCAGACAGCCAGCAGCAACUGUCUCCUUGCUGUGUGGGGAGACAGUGAGGAGACAGCAGCGGAAUGGGCUGCUGCUGCUGCUGCUGCAGGAGACACAUUCAAGGCACCCAGCAGCAGCAGCAGCAGCAGCAGCAGCAGCAGCAAACACCCCCGCAUGCAUAGCCGUUCUUUCUCUCUCCGAGGAGACAGGGGAAGAGGGGGGCCCCCAAAGAUGCUGCUGGGGGCCCCAAAGGAGACAGAUAAGGAGACAGACGGCAGCGAGGAGACAGAAGGAGACAGGGAGACACCCACUGGGUGGUAUCCGUAUACAGAGGAGGAGUUGAGGGCCAGCAAAAGGAGACAGUUUAGAGGAGACAGUGCAGAGGAGACACCUGCAUCUUGUUUUUUCCCGCUGAGGAGCAGCAGCAGCAGCAGCAGCAGUUACAGCUACAGUAGCAACAGCAGCAGCAGCGCCGCAGCAGCAGCAGCAGCAAGCAGCAGCAGCAGCAGCAGCAGUUACAGCUACAGUAGCAACAGCAGCAGCAGCGCCGCAGCAGCAGCUGCUGCUGCUGCUGCUGCUGCACUUGCUGAGGCAGCAGCAGUCAGCAGCUACAGAAGCCGCAGCGCCAGAGCAGCAGCACGAGCUCGCUUUGCUGCUCUCAGCUCCCCCCGGUCCCCAUACAGCGGAGACCCUGCUGCAGCACUAGCUAUCUCAAUCGGAGACACUUCUCCUGCUCUCGUGUGUCUCCUUUCACAGCGCUUCCCCCCCGCAACACCCCCCGCUGCACCCCACACCCCCACCACCCCCACCAGCAGCAGCAGCAGCAGCAGCAGCAGCAGCAGCAGCAGCAGCGGAGGAGGAGGGGAGACACGCAGGACUGCGUCUAAUCCUCAUGUGGGGGGGGGGCCCCCUGCCCCCUGCAGAAGAAAUACACGCAAACACUCAGCCCCCCCCAAGGGCCCGGUGAGGUUCUCUCUAAAGACAAAAGGAGACAGCGAGAAUUUGUCUCCUUAUGGAGACAUACAGCAGCAUCAAGUGUCUCCUUAUAGAGAAAGACAGCAGCAGCAGGUGUCUCCUUGUGGGGAGAGACAGCAGCACGAACUGUCUCCUUUUGCCCGCAAGCAGCAGAAUGGAGUGUCUCCUUUUGGAGACACACAGCAGCAGCAGCACGAAGUGUCUCCUUUCGGAGACACACAGCAGCACGAACUGUCUCCUUUUAGAGACAGACAGCAGCAAGGGGCAGAGGAGACAGCAUGCAGGGGCCUGGCUGCGAGAGGAGACAGUAAAGGAGACGCGGGGGAACCCCUGUUGCUGGAGAGAGGAGACAGAGACAGAAACGGAGACACUUAUACACUCAACAAAUACUGA